GCAUUAAACCACUUUAUUUACAAAUAUAUAUCACUGGAUAUUGUUUAUUUUUAUGAACGAAGAAAACAGUUAUCAACACCUAGCGGCAGGUAACAGUUUCCAUGGCAACUUUAUUACAGACAACAUGGAGUUUCUGCAGUGGAGUUGUCAUGAUGUUGCAAGAUGGAUUGAGUCUUUGGGAUUUCCGCACUACAAAGCAUGUUUCACGGAGAACGUCAUCACAGGAAGAAAGCUCAUUUAUGUAAACUGCAUCUACUUGCCAAGACUUGGAAUCACAGAUUUUAAAGACAUGCAGAUCAUCUCUGCUCGAGUGCGUGAGCUGCUGGGGAUCACAGAGACCCCAUGGAGUCGCAGCAUCGCUGACCCUCCACGGGAUAGCAUGGGCCUGUUCUUGGAGAGGAAGAGCCAGACAGGUGAGCGGGCGGACAGCCUCACCUACCAGCAAUUCCUGGAUAAGAUGCGUCACUGAACGGGAGUCCGGCAUGAUUCACAACAGUAAAGGAGCACAGCGAAAACCAAGACAUGUCAGUGUCAUUUCAUAUCACCAACUGUAAGCUGAUGAUGACUCUGAUGAGACACUCAGUGGGUCACAUGCAAGCCAGUGACACCAACACUUCCUGCCACUAAAAUGCUUGUUGUUGUGGCUGCUGAAAAAUCUGUUAUUGUACAAGGUUUUGUGCAGAGCAGUCAACGUGUGUUCAGUCUGAAAAUCAUCUUUGAAAUGAAUGUAACUAGCUACUGAGUGAUCUCACAACAAAGACUUUUUCAUACAUGUAAUAUCGGUGACUUUGUGCACACAUUUAUAGUAUGACAAGCAGCUUAAAUAACCCUUGUCACUGCGGUUCUGGAUAACUAUGCUUAAACCACUUGGGCUAUUCCUAUUGAUCUCAAGUGGAUGUAACGGGAUGGAGCUAUUGAUCUAGAGUAGAAAUCCUCAGGGUAAUUCUGUGGAUGAUAACGAACACCUAUUUCAAAGUGCCAGGAGGCCCCAGGAGCAUCCAUAGGUCACUGUUCUUGGGAAUUAAAACCACUGAGUCCGCUAUAGAAGACUCUUGCUCCACUGUACUGUAAUAGACUUAUAAACAUAUAGGUUACUUUGCUAACUUGCAGAAAAGACCAUAGGAUCAUUGCAUCAGAUAGUGAUGGGUCGAGUGCCAAGCAGAUCCACGGGGAGCCAGGGCUUGCAUUUUCAGCCAACUCAACACUUUCUUGCCAAUAAUCUAUGUAAUACAUGCAGUGAUAUUCAGCUAUAGGCUGCUAUAUUUGGCUUUAUAUAUCUACCAAAGGAUUUUAUAAAGGAAUGGAUGGAUUUCAAAUAACACUCAUGCUUGGGCCUACACUGGUUAUUACUUGAUUCAUUUUUCAUUUUCUGUGCCUGUAAAUCUGAUCAACAUUUCUGUGCUUUUCUUAAAAAAUUGAGUUGAUUUUUUAAAGAUUCCAGACCAACUGCAUUUUCGUGCAGUGGAGUUCAAUCUACAUGAAUAAAUUAUGAUGCCUGCCUGUGAGAUAAGCUGGGAGGCACUGCAUCUGUCUAUGCACACAAAUGGUCUCUGUGCAGCUCGGAGCGCACUGAUUACCAUUCCGAGCACAGCACCUCUGGUCAGAAAUGGAGCCGGGUCGGUGGCUGACAGUAGUCCGGGGGCAGAAGGAGUGAGGGUGGGGGUGAGCAGCAACCUUUCAGUCAAUCUGGAUUAACUCGCACUGAGCCCUGCGUCGCCAGCAAAACCCCGUGAAAGCGAUACGAACAUCUGGCUGAAUUCAGUACAGCACCAGUCACUUACAGCGCUGUAGAUAUUAAAGCAGCCUGUCGCUACAAAGGCGUUUUCUCCUCUGGAGGUGCAUACAGACGGAUGCGCAGUAGAGGCGAUCCCGCACAGCUGCAGCCUCGAAGCCACGCCGGGACCCCGCAGGUUGCGUUUUCCAGUGUUUUUUUUUUUUUUUUUUUUUCUCGAAAGGGGAGCGCCGGGUUACAUUUCUCCAGUGUGAGGGGAUCGGAAAGGAGUCGCCCUUUAUCUGCUGGUCAUGGAUUUCUUGAAGGGCACCGCUGGUUUCGCAGGCCGUCACAUGUUAUAGGAGCCAAGACGCGUGUUUCGGGACACCUGAAAUAUCUCCUAGAGGCACCGUCGGUCCCAUUUUAGGCAAUCCGCUCUCAGAAUGCUCUCAGCCCUCCUGGGAGGAAAUCAGCUCAAACCCACCCUAAUUUGACUUGGCUUCAUGUUUCAUCUGCAAGGUAUACUAACCUGACUGAAAAGCCCAAUGGAGUCUCUCCUGGUUUAUCUGAUAGUAUUUGGUGUGGCUGUGAAGGCCCACAAAGUUCAGAUCUGUCCCAAACGCUGUGUCUGCCAGGUGCUGAACCCUAACCUGGCGACUUUGUGUGAUAAAAAGGGGCUUCUAUUUGUGCCACCGAACAUCGACAGGCACACAGUGGAGAUGCGCCUUGGCGAUAACUUUGUAACAAGUAUCAAACGCAAAGACUUUGCCAACAUGACCAAGUUAGUGGACCUGACCCUCUCUCGGAACACUAUUGGUUCCAUCACACCUCAUGCUUUCAAGGACCUCGAAAACCUACGAGCUCUUCACCUUGACAGCAACCGUCUAACCCGCAUCACCAACGAUACCUUCAGUGGCAUGUCCAAGUUGCACCACCUCAUCCUCAACAACAACCAGCUCACCCACAUACAGAGUGGGGCAUUUAAUGAUCUGACAGCACUGGAAGAGCUGGACUUAUCCUACAACAACUUGGAAAGUGCACCAUGGGUCGCCAUUCAGAGGAUGUCCAAUCUACACACUCUCAAUUUGGACCACAACAUGAUCAGCUACAUCCCAGAGGGCACCUUCUCUGGGCUGCAGAAGCUCAAGAGGCUGGACGUAACCUCCAACAAGCUCCAGAAGCUUCCUCCUGACCCUGUUUUCCAAAGAGCAGGAGUCCUGGCCACCUCUGGGAUAAUGGGGCCUUCAUCAUUUGCAUUGAGCUUUGGAGGGAACCCACUGAGGUGCAACUGUGAGCUGCUCUGGCUGCGAAGGUUGCGGAGAGAAGAUGAUCUGGAGACCUGUGCCUCACCGCAGCACCUCGCCGGACGCUAUUUCUGGACUGUUUCAGAGGAAGAAUUCCUCUGUGAGCCCCCUCUCAUCACCAGGCAUUCUCAGGAGCUGCGAGCUUUGGAGGGUCAGAGUGUGACUCUGCGCUGUAAGGCCAGGGGCGACCCCGACCCCAUUAUCCACUGGAUCGCCCCUGACGGACGUCUUAUGUCCAACUCCUCCAGGGCUGUGGUCCACACUGACGGCACGCUGGACAUCCUCAUCAGCACUGUCAAGGACUCUGGUUCCUUCACCUGCGUGGCUUCCAACCCUGCAGGGGAGGCCCAGCAGACAGUGGAGCUGGUCAUCGCUAAACUCCCUCAUUUCACCAAUAACACAGUCGCAGAGCAGGAGCCUGACCCCGGAUCAUCAGAUAUCGCCACAGUGACCAAGACGGGGGCAGAGGCUGGAGGGUUGCCUCUGGGGAAUGCAAAGACAAGCCAGGAGAAGAAAGUAGUAAUUGCUGAAGCUACGUCCACCUCAGCCCUGAUCAAGUUUAACUUCCAGAGGAGCAUUCCUGGAAUACGCAUGUUCCAGAUUCAAUAUAACGGCACCUACGACGAUUCACUGGUUUACAGAAUGAUACCCCCAACCAGUAAAAGCAUCUUGGUAAACAACCUGGCGGCUGGUACAAAUUAUGACCUGUGUGUGCUGGCCAUCUACGAUGACCAGGUGACCUCACUGACUGCCACCAGGGUGAUAGGUUGUAUCCACUUCACCACAGAGCCGCAGUACCUGAGAUGCCAUUUCAUGCAGUCCCAGUUUCUUGGCGGAACCAUUGUGGUUAUCAUUGGAGGGAUUAUUGUGGCCUCAGUGCUUGCUUUUAUCAUCUUCCUCAUUGUGCGCUACCGGGUGUGUAACCAAGGAGAUGCAGAUAAGGCUCUAGAGAUGGGAGAUAUUCGCUCACUGAGCAGUGAUGGACAGCUACAGGGCUGUGGGAUUCCCAAGUCCCUCUCCAAGCAGGUCCUGCGUCCAGAGAAGAAUGACAAGGACUCCCUCAGAGUUGCCCUGCCGCCGCCAGAGCCAACCAAGCAGCGCCCACCAGUUGUUGUGGCCACCACCAAGCCCUCUGUCCCAGACUGCACUGUCUCUACCUCUGCUGCUAGCCACAGUUGGCACCCAGCCUCCCCAGGUGCUCCAAGGCCCAAACGUUCCAGUGCUCCACCAAAACCUUCAGAGGCUCGUCGAGGUGAAGCUCAGGCAGAUGUUGAGCUCGACAACAUGAAUCGGAAUAACUCAUCAGAGGUUAAAAUGGCGACCGCCAUCUCUCUUGCUGUUCCUGGUCAGCCCACCAAGUGGACUCCUGUUCCCAGGGGUCCACGGCCCCACCAGGCCCCUCAACAUUACAUGACUGUGCCUACAGGGGGAGUGAGGGUGAACCGCAGACAUUCCAUUAAUGCAGACUCGUACAGGGAGCGCUGCUAUGUGGCCUACCCCAAAACUGGUGCCAGUCUGCGCUCCAAGCGGAGCCUGUCAAUGAGUGGAGAGCUGCCGCAGCUCGAGAGCACAACAAACAUUCGUGGAGCCAGGGACAAGCUCUCCAGGUCUGAGUGGCUUCUGGAGAGCACUUUAUGAUUUGGAGUUUAUGACCUGCGUUCUCUUGUUUUCUGGGAUUGGAUUUGUGGCCCUUUGUGAAACAGACAGGGAUUUUAUGCCUUGUUUUGAGCUUUGGUGCUCUCUACUGAAGGACCUGUAAGCUUCUCUCAUAUAUUUGGGGGCAAGGCAGGCAUACAGGGUUAUGGGAGACAUUUCACAUUUGUUUUCUACCUUAUCAAAGUCUUCUUUAUAACGACAUUUGAUCAAACUUUGAUGAAAGGCACAACAAUGUAUAAAACAACUUCAUGUACAAAAAUGUUUUGUUGCGUGAGAUACUGUAAAUCUCAAUACAACCAUAAGUGUUUAUGUGGUAUUGAAUGCAGUAACCUAGACAUCUGUAUUAUAACAAAGACAGACACACGCAGGAGGUGGGGUUAUUAUACUCACAGUCUGAUUGCCUGUUACUUAAAGUGAUACAAUCUCUGUAGACUUUGAACAUGAUUCUUGUCUCCAGUUCUACAGACAGACGGUGACAUGUCUUAAUUACCUUGGUGGGGGUUUGGAAAGAUUACGAAUGUGCUUUACAUCCCAGAGGUGUUGGAACAGAAUGUAGUAGACAAACAGUGCUCCAUCUUUUCAUCCCGACACUCCAAGACACAGCACAAUGCAGUAUUUUUGUGGCACAAGGCAACUCAUCCUAAUACUGCCCUCCGGUUUGAAUCGAUACAUUUUUAUCACAUAAUUACAUAAAGACUCAGCUCUGAUAGGAUUCCUGUCAUGGCUGAUUUGAGCGACAAUUGAACCAACACCAACAGCAUGACAGGUGCUGGAAGUAAUCUGAUAUUCCAUGUGGAUGAGAUCCAGAGGAAUGGUUCAUUUCCAUAUUUUUUACUUAACUGACGUUAUCAUGUCACGCCAAUGACAACCAUUGUAAAUUAACUCGUUGAUGUAAGAGAAGUGAUAAUCACAAGUAUGGGAGGACGUCAGCUCUUGAUUUUGCUGUUGUUUCUGUUUGAUGUUUACCAGAAUAAAUAAACCAGUGAUAAAAGGGACAUACACAGACUUAUCUCAUUUUCAGCUUUGUUAAUUUUCACAACUUUU